AUAUUGCUGUGGUACUGGUAAUAUCUAUGAUUUCGUGAUGGGCGUAUUUUAAAUUGUUACUAAUUGUGUCGUGACUGUGAGAAACAUUUAACACGCAGCAUUAUUGACAAGUCAUUAUGAAUUCCAACUAUGAACCUUCUACUUCAAAGGAAUGGCAACCUUUGAAGAUAUUGAGUGAAAAUUCAGGGAACAAAAAUGCUGUCAUUUUGUUGAAUCAGCCAUUUGAUGAGCAAGUUGAAGAGAAAGUAAAGAAACUUUGGAAGAGUGCUGUUUUACGAGUAGCUGUUGAUGGAGGAGCAAAAUAUAUCUACAACGUAACUGGAAAUAACCGGGAAGAUUACAUACCUCAUAUUGUCACAGGAGACUUUGACUCUAUUAACCUUCCAGUGCUAGAGUUUUACAAAAAAAAGGCAUGUAGAGGGCAGUCAAAUCAUUCACACACCUGAUCAGGAUGAGACUGACUUCACCAAAUCCGUCCGAGUCUCAACAACAUUUUCAGAGCAGAAGAACAUUUCUG